UACUCUUCUCCAGACAUGCCUCGUCAAUUCCCAAAGGUAACUCUGAGUAAAGCAGAAGAGAAGACACAACUGUUAGCGGAGAAACUGUAUGCAUCAGCGCUAAAGGAAGAAGACAGCAAGGAUGCCUUAUCCUUGUUCAGCGUGCCUGAGGACUGCCCAAUUGGCCUCCAGCAAGCCAAGGAGCAUGAACUGCUGAAGGAGCUGGCAGAGCAACAUUCAGAGGAGAGUACCAAAAGGAAGAAAAGCCUGAAGAUGAUUCGUUCCCAGUCCAUGUCCCUGCAGAUCGCCGUGAAUACAGAUUGUACACGGUCCGUGGUGGUCACGCCAUACCUGUCCCCCAGCUCCACCUGCUCAUCAGAGCCAGACAACUGCCCCGAAUACCAGAGGGUCACUAUUAGUGGUGAUUACUGUGCUGGAAUCACAGUGGAGGACUAUGAACAGGCAGCCAAAAGUCUGUUUAAGGCUCUGCUUAUUCGUGAGAAAUACUCAAAGCUAGCCUACCAUAGAUCCUGCAGAACCACAGCCCAGUUCCUCCGCAGUGCUGAGAACACGAGAUGGAGCGAAGAUGAUGAGGUUCUUCCAGACAUGUGUCCAUGUCCAACAGAUGGAGAAGAUCCCUACAGCAUUCAGAACAUCCCUGAGAAUCUAAACUAUGAACUGAAGAUGAAGGAUGGGAUAGUGCAUGUAUAUGAUAAUGCCGAGGCUCUAAGAGGAAACAAGCCCCAUGACCUUCCUUACCCAGACAUAGAGACCUUUGCCAUAGACUUCGCUCAUGUGCUGGCAAUGAUUGCAGAUGGACCAACGAAGACAUACUGUCACAGACGACUAAAUUUCUUAAGUUCAAAGUUUUACCUCCAUGAGAUGCUCAAUGAGAUGGCUGAGCUAAAGGAAUUGAAAAGUGUGCCUCACAGAGAUUUCUACAAUGUUAGGAAGGUGGACACGCAUAUUCAUGCAGCGGCCUGCAUGUCUCAGAAACACCUGCUGACCUUCAUUCAGGAAACAUAUAAGACUGAUGCUGACCGUGUGGUGUUGGAAAAGGCUGGACAAAAGAUGACACUGCAGCAGGUUUUCCACAGUCUCAAUAAGGACCCCUAUGACCUUACCGUGGACUCUCUGGAUGUACAUGCUGGGAGACACACCUUCCACCGGUUUGAUAAGUUCAAUGCAAAGUAUAAUCCAGUGGGAGCGAGUGAACUUCGAGAAAUCUUCCUGAAAACAGACAACCUGAUGAAUGGAGAGUAUUUUGCUCGCAUCAUAAAGGAAGUGGCCCAUGACCUGGAGGAGAGUAAGUACCAGCAUGCAGAGCCUCGCCUCUCCAUCUAUGGACGCUCUCCAGAGGAGUGGGACAGUCUGUCUAAGUGGUUUAUUCAGCACAAAGUACACUCUCCAAACAUGAGGUGGAUCAUUCAAGUGCCCAGAAUAUAUGAUAUUUUCAAGACAAAGAAACUGGUACCUAAUUUUGCCAAGAUGCUGGAGAACAUAUUCCUUCCUAUAUUUGAGGCCACUGUUAACCCACAGAAGCACAAACAACUUCAUGUUUUCCUCAAAUAUGUGUCAGGGUUUGACAGCGUAGACGAUGAGUCCAAGCACAGCGAUCACAUGUUCUCCUUCAGGAGCCCAAAGCCAGAGCAAUGGACUGCAGAUGACAACCCUCCAUACAGCUACUACAUCUUCCACAUGUAUGCAAACAUCAUGGUCCUUAACAACCUCAGAAAAGAGCGUGGCCUGAGCACCUUCCAGUUACGUCCUCAUUGUGGAGAAGCUGGAUCAAUCACUCACUUGGUCUCUGCCUUUCUCACAUCGGACAACAUCUCACAUGGACUUAACUUGAAGAAGAGCCCUGUGCUGCAGUACCUGUACUACCUGGCCCAGGUGCCAAUUGCAAUGUCUCCACUUAGCAACAACAGCCUGUUCCUGGAAUACUCCAAGAAUCCUCUCCCAGAGUUUCUGCACAAAGGCCUGUGUGUGUCCCUGUCCACAGAUGACCCCAUGCAGUUCCACUACACCAAGGAACCACUGAUGGAAGAGUACGCUAUCGCAGCCCAGCUGUGGAAGCUCAGCACCUGUGAUGUGUGUGAAAUAGCCAGAAACAGUGUGCUGCAAAGUGGACUGUCUGACGAGUAUAAGAGGCACUUCUUAGGAGUGAACUAUCUGAAAGACGGACCUGAAGGGAACGAUAUCCGUCGGACCAAUGUUGCCCAGAUCCGCAUGGGCUACAGACACGAGACACUGUGCAAUGAACUCAGCUUCAUAGUCGGCGCAGUGAUGUCUGAAGCUAUGAAUUCCCGGUCUGAAUAA